AUGUCAGGUUCAACAUCAAAUAGUGGCCAAUUGAUGGUCAGAGUUUAUUUCAUUGAUGAUACACAUAGAACUUUGAUGAUCGAUCCCAAUACGGUGACAGGUGACAAACUCUGGGAGAUGGUCUCGGAUAAGCUCGCCAUCAAGAAUAAGGAUGCAGAGUGUUUCUUUGUUUGGGCGCAGUCCGAUGAGAUCGAGUGGUUGCUCUACAAUCAUCAGACGAUGCAAGAGGUGAUCAACGGUUGGGACGUCAUCCGUAAGCGAUACGUAGAGCAGCCCGGCAGCAACGAGAGCAGUCCCAAUAACAUGUCGCCACGAUCAACAGGCCCAGUGGGUACUCUUCGUGGAAAGAUAGCAUCGCUAUCACCGACUCUUCGUUCAAAGAGCUCUGCCAACCUGAACUCCUCCGUUUCUCAAGCGGAUUUGAAUGGCGCCGAUGGAAAGAAGACUGGACAGAUUGUGUCGUCUUUUCCAACACUUGGAGACAAGGCGCAAUUCAAGCUGGUGUAUCGCGCCACCAGUGUUUUGCCACUGGCUCAGGAGCGAUCGAUCAUAUCGCCAGAGGCAUAUCUCGAGACUUGCCAACGUUGGGUCUACUACGGAUCCACCUUUUUCAAAGCGAAAUACAUUCCAUCGACAACAUCUUUCUUCCUCCAAGAGUUUGAAGGUAAAGUUAGACUCGGUGUCAAUGGUUAUGGUGUACAUAUUAUAGAUCCAAAAGCAAUGAAAAUCGUAUCGUAUCAUUAUAGAGAUAUUGUUUGUUGGGAUAGUACGGAAUCAUCGUUCACUAUUCAAUUUUUGAUAACAACAGGUUCGAAACAACAACAAUCAAAGAAAGCAUAUAUUUUCAAGACUCAACAAGGUGAAUUAAUCAAUGAUUUAAUGCAUGAUUGGAUGGCAGAAUGGGAGCACGAGGUUAAAAAAGAAAAACAAAAUACAAGUGGAGCCCCAGCAGGAAGUGCAACAGGAUUGAAUUCAUCAGCCAAAUCAUCAUCAUCAUCAGUGUACUCUUAA